GGCCUUGUUUCGCAUUUCGCCGCAACUUCCAACCCGGCCGAGUGCGCUUGCGGCGCCGAAAAGUCGGGAAUUCAUGUGCUGUGAUCAAAGGAAAAAAUAUAUCUUUGGCCGAAUCACGGAUUUUUGAAAUGAGCGGGCCAACCACGGCCUCCUUUUGGCUUGUGGGCGCCACGCUCAUAAUUUCGACCACCACCAGCUUAUCUCCGGCCGCAGCUGCGUGGGGGACGGUCGAAAAAGUAAUUAAUCCUUGGGCAGAGGCCAAGGGCUUCCCCGCCACACCUGCUGGGCAGGACGAGUACUCGGAGGAGGACGAGGACGAAAAGAAGGCCGUUCCGAGAAGUGGAAAAUCGAAUAAAAAGGUGGCGGUCGCUGGCCAGGCCAGGAAAGGGCGAAAGGGGAAGAACAAGAAUAAACCUAGGACUACAUUCGCACCUGAGAUGACCGUGGACAAAAGUGUCGAAAUCGUCCCAGCUGUCAAACAACCAGCAAAGACCAAGGACACGCCCAAAAAAGGAAAGGGCAGCAGGGGCAAAAAAAGGGGCUAGAGAUUAAAAGGGGUGAUAAAAAUAAAUAAAAUUAAAAAAUAUUUGUUAUCAAUGAUAAGAAUGAACUACGUCAACCAUAAACAGGCGGCAUUUUAUAUUUUAAGCUAAAUUUUAUCCGUUUUUCAUUAAAGUUUUGUUUUAAAUUUUAAAAUACUUGUAGCAUUUUAACAAAUAAACAAAAUUUUUAUUUUGGUGCAAAAGAUUGACGUACAUUUGAAAUGUAUAAAACGCAACUUCCUCUUCACCAACGGAAAUCAAACUCGCCAACACAGUACGGU